AUGAGCACGACUGUUACUCGCCCCAUCUACGAAUCGCACCCUUCGGUCGACGCGUCUAUGGAAGAUUUUGAGUUCCGCGCAAACUCUCCUGAAUUUCUGCGACCUGAUUCGCAUGCGCGCAUCCAGUUCAUGAGCCCGACUGCUUCAGACUACUCCGAGGCAGCAACCCAACCCGAUAUCGACGGAGGUUGGUCACCACCCGCCUGGCGCAAAGCAGGAAGUGGUUGGUUCAAGCAUCACCUUCAGCAGACCGGUCUCAUGUCGCCAUACGGAAGCAGGGAGUGCAGUCCGGAGGAAUACAGAAAGGGUUUGACGCCGUAUGAUGACGAUGAAGAUAUCUUAGUAGCAGCGGGCAUUCCUCUACCCAUCAGUCCUCUCAAGGGCAGGAGCCCAGAACCUAGUUACAGUCCUACCGUUGCCGCAGUCCUCAAGCAAGAUGAAGACAAGAGAAGGCAAAUGGCCCAAUCGCAGAAGGAAGGGGAACAAUCAUGGCCGGACAAGCAUGAUAACNNUGUAUGCAUCGUCGUGUGA